CUGGUUUGAUCGCCAGCCGAGGUCGUGAGAAUCCGCUGGCUGCUAUACCGGCGCCUCUCCCUUCCGGUCGUGCCGCCGCGGGCCAAGGUAGGACUCACCCAACGGACAACCAGCUGGAAGAGGAGAUAGACGAGGUGUCGUCCUUGGUUUGACUGUGUUCUGGAACUUCAGGCUGAUGUGACUUGUUCCUUGGCUGUAUGUUUCCAACAGGUUGGAGUUGCAGGCUUCCUGUUUAGGGCCAAAUUGGCCUCUCUUUUUGGCAUGGAUCAAGCUACCACAGGUCAAGGAAAUGACUCCUUCCAGUACACAGCCCCCAAGCAGCCGAAGAAAGGGGCACAAGCUCCAGGUAGCAAAAUUGGAUUAGAGAAGUCAGGAGUGAGUUCGCAAAAACCGCCAGCUGCAGGUGGUCCUCCGGCUGUGUUGUUUGCAACUGCUGUGCACGCGUACCAAUACCUAAAUGGUCAGUAUGUGAAGCAAGGCAAGCUGGGGGCAGCAAUUCUUGGAAACCAUGCUUCAGGAGAGUACAAGAUUCUGCUAUACGCUAGUCAACAGAAGAAGAUUGCCGUUGCUCGCAUCACUUCAACGUUUACUUUUACUGUUCAAGCCAAUAAUUACUGCAUGUUUUAUGAUGAUCAGAGGCAGAACUGGUCAAUCAUGUUUGAAUCUGAGAAGGCUGUGGUGGAAUUCAGCAAACAGUUGUGCAUGGCCAAAUGCAGCUCCACUUCAUCACUGGAAUCCGUGCUGAUCCAGGAUCUGAUCCCUGGUGAUGGACAGGCUGUCGAGACGGGUGACUCUCUGGAAGUGUCAUACACGGGUUGGCUUUACCAGAACAACACAUUUGGACAGGUGUUUGAUUCGAAUGUCAACAAAGACAAAUUACUGCGAUUGAAGCUAGGAUCAGGGAAAGUGAUCAAGGGUUGGGAAAUUGGAAUGCUGGGAAUGAGGAAAAAUACAAAGAGGCUAUUGAUUAUCCCUCCGAGUCAGGCAUAUGGAUCACAAGGCAUGCCAAACAGGAUUCCACCUGAUGCCACACUUGUCUUUGAGGUGGAGGUUAAACGGGUAAAAUUUGCAAAGGAAUCAGGAAUCGACAAGCAGAGUAUUGGUUCUCGUGAUUCAGUUGCAUCGUCACCAGCUCCCAGUGUUGAAAACUUGGCAAUGGAAAGUUCAAUCCCAGUACCAGCGUCCAUACCUCCAAAACCUGGGGAGCAAAAUGUGCGGGCAAAGUCCAAUUCAUUAAGCGACAUGCUUUCAAAUCCUGAUACCACUAAAGCCAAACUAAUUUCCCGAAUGGCAAAAAUGGGACAACCAAUGCCUUUUCUUGCGGGGGCUCUUUCUGCACAGCCUGACUCCAGUGACUCUGAACUUGAGGAUCAUUCUUCAAAGGUAGCUCCUCUUGCUGCCUCGUCAUCAGUUCAGCAUACUGCAGCUCCUGUUCACAGUCUACCUCCACAGCAUCCAGCACCAGUGCCAGUCUCCAUGCUUCCGACAUCUUCAGCACUGAUGCCGGUUGCUUUGCCUGCGCAGCAGGAACUGUCUGGCAGUGGCCAGUCCUUCCAGCCAUACACAGGAAUGCCCUAUGGUUACACACAAGGCCAUGGAUCGCAGACGCAGAUUCAGCCAAUUGGACCAAUGUACCCAGCUCAAACACCACAGUAUCAGGCCAGUGGAGAUGUCACUUCUUUCAUGAUGACUGAGGCACGUCAGCAUAACACUGAGAUUCGAAUGGCUAUCAGCAAGGCCUCAGAUAAAAUUGACCAGCUUGCACAUAAGAUGGAAGACUUGCAGAAACACGUGACUGGCCCUGCAAUCCCAGGCAUUUCAUCAUUCACCAUGGAAACGAGCAUGAUAAUGCAUAAUAUCCAGAGGAUUAUACAGGAAAAUGAAAGACUGAAGCAGGAAGUGUUCGAUAAAAGCAAUCGUAUUGAGGAACAGAAUGGAAAGAUCAGUGAUUUGAUCCAGAGGAACCAAAGAUACGUAGAGCAGAGUAAUUUGCUGAUGGAACAGAGGAAUGACUCUCUAAUUUCCUCAACUGGGAAUAGCCAAGCCCGCAUCCUGCUUGUGGAGCAGGAGAAGGUGAAAGUGACAGAGGAACUAGCAGCAGCCACCAGCCAGGUUGCAAAGCUACAGCUGGAGCUCACGGCCCACCAGAAAAAGGAGAUGGAGUUGCGCAGUCAGCUGGCCUCAGUACAGCAGAAAGCAGAGGGACAGGGGCAGCGGCUCAACAACGUGGAAGCCCAGUUAACAGAACUGCAGGAGGCAUCGGAGCGCGCUCAGAGCAAGUGCAAAGCAGAGAAACAAAGCCGCAAGCAGCUGGAAGUGAAGGUUGCCAGCAUGGAGGAGGAGCUUCUGGACCUUCGAGCUGAGAAGGAUAAUCUGGAAAAGAAUUUAGCAGAAAGGAAGAAAAAAGCAAUUACAGAUCGGCAGCGAGCUGAGAAAGAGAUGGAUGAAAUCCGGAAAUCAUACGAGGAGGAGCUGGAAAAUGUACGAUCACUGCUGAGGAAGACCCGGACAUCAACUGACCAGGCUGCAGCAGAGCAGAUCUCAGUGAUGCAUGCAGAGCUGGAAUCCCAGUGGCAAGCCAAGUGUGACCGGAUGCUUGCAUCAGCCAAGGAGCAGCACGACCAGCAGUAUCGAGAAGUCUGUGAACAGCGGGAUUCCCAGCAACUUAAGAUUUCACAGCUGGAGGCAAAGGUGGCAUCGUGGAAGGAGUCUCGUACUGCAGAGGAAGCGAAGCUCUUGUCUCUCCAGGAACAGGCAGACGAGCUACAGGCCCUGAAGGAGCGGUACUCGUUGUUGGAGAGCAGAGCUGUUGCAAUGAAGGAACAGUGCGAAGAGCGCAUUCAGGAGCUUCAACGGCAAACCCCUGCGGCGAGUGAAACACCGCAUACAGGCAACAUCCAGGAUGAGGUGAAGAAAAUCAUGAAUGGUGUGUUUCAGUCAGUGCGAAGAGAGUUUGACCUUGAAGAAAUGUACAGUGGAAGAUCAGUUCUUGGCAUCAUCAUGAACACCAUCAAGGCUGUUACCCUCGAGCUCUUGGUCCAAUACCAACCCCAGACAAGAAGUGACAAUGAGGAUGAAGAAUCUGAGAGCGAAACUGAAGAAAAGGUGGAUUCUGCAGUUGAGAACCAAAAUGUUAACAUAGAGACUAGGAUUUCUGAAAGAGAGAGCGGAACAAUGCAUGAAGAAGGUCCCACAGCAGCAGAAACGGAUCAAUUAAAUGAGGUGACUUUAUCAUCCAGCCUCCAUCCUGGGACUGUCGAGUGUGAGGAAGAUCAAGCCCAGGAUUCAAAAGCCUCAGAGUUGGAGGAGCCAAAAAUACCUCUAACCCAUGCUGCAAAUAUUCCACCUCUUCCACAGAUUCCCUCUACAGGAGAGGAUCUGGUGAAAGACACAAGGCACUUGGAGAAAUCGAUGGGUGAAGGUGGUGGGGUGCAAGUGAUAACACCUGUACCUGACCCGGAAGAUCUCCCUGACAGCAAAAUAUCUCAUCAAGAUGCCAUGGUCAAAGAGUGUGAAAGGACACCAGAGAAGAAAUGUGAUCUGAUGGGUGAAGUGCAGGACGGUGAACUGGCGAGGGAUUCUCUUUCAGUCAAGUCAACAGCUGGUGAAAGACAGGAAGAGAAACCUCAGGCACACGAUGGUACCAUCCCUGAAAUUCAGAAAGUAGCUCAGCCUUUGGGGACCCCCCCAGCAUUUAAUGGGAACAAAGGGAGCCCUGAAAUACCAAAAGGUUCGGCAUUUCAACCAAGCCAGGCUUCCUCGGAGCAUGUAACAGAACAUGGCUCCAGUACUGUGAAAGCAGGCCCAGAAGCUAAAUCUGUUUCCUCAGCGAACUCUUCCAGCCUUUUCAGUGAUGACGACGAUGAGGGCUUGUUUAACUCGGCCGCUCCCAAAUUGGGAAAGACAGCGAAACUCUUGGCCAGGAAGGAGGAAGAGGAGGAGGAUGAUGAGGAGGAAGUGAGUAUGAAGGGUCGGCCACCACCAGCACCACUGUUUGGGGAUGAUGAAGAUGAAGAUGACUUUGACUGGCUGGGAUGAGAUUGUGUUUUGAUGCUGCAGUAGAGUUACUGAGGAGAAGUGGUUUGAAAGGACUUCAAGGUGAAUCCAACACCUUUCUGGAAAACCUUGCUUCUACAGUGCUUAUUCUGAUGGAACUUCACAUUCCAAGAGUCUUCAUUUUUUGUAACCUGCUGGUCACAGCCUCCUGGUGUGAAGCUGUGUCCCUAGUCAGCACUGAAUGAACCUGUGGAUGAAAGUGCACUAACUCUGAUCAAAAUUGGUAGUGUUCCUGAACAGUAUAUGACUUUGAUUUUAUUUCUAAUCCUUGCCAGAUCUCAGUCGAUCUUUAUCGCUGUGACAGUAUUGUUCUUAGGCAGCUUGAAUCCAACUAUCACUGUGUCCAUCAGUUAGCUUGUGAAUAUUUUUCCCUUGAUUUUCAUCAUGUCGAAUUGUUUGAGUGACAGUGAGAGGAACACCAUCCUUGUCCUGUGUGUUGGGUAGAAUUCAGCCUUCAUUCACAAUAAAAUGAUCCCUGUGCCUUAACCUUAGUUGCUUGGCCCAGCUCUUCCAUUUUCAUGACUGUUCCUCGCAUGCUCGGGGUUUCCGUUUGGAAGCCUUCAUUCCCAGAAGUCAAUGUUAAAUUGCUCUUUCCAUUAACGGGUUGCUUUCCAUUUAAAAGUAACUGGUUAGCAGCUCCAUAAAAGGAGCACAGCCAUGAUUAAAUAAAGAAGGAUGCUUCAACAUGUUUGUGACAGGAAGACAUUGUCUAAAAUCAUUUGUUUUGAGGCCUUACUGCUCAGGAGAAAAGAUUUUUAGUUCUGCCACAACUCCACCAACUGAAAUGACUUGAACUAUGUUUUCUUCUUCUUCUCCUGUUUGCCCCCAGUAGUAUCAGUUCAGUUAGUUGUUUGCUCUGUAAGAGGGCAGCUACACACUUGGCUAUCCAGUCUAGAGAAAAAGUCCUGUACUGAUAGUGUUGGAUUCACUAGCUCCUUGGUGCCCAUUGUCACUUCUUCAGGCAGGAGCAUGACACCACCAUAUUGAAGCCACAAGUCAAAUUAAAAUGGUUCUUCCUCUUUUCCUGCUGGUUUAAUUGAUACAAAACACUGCCAUAGUUAACAGGGGUACAGUGGUUAGCAGGCUGAGAGCUGAAUUCUAACCUUGAUUUUGGCAACUAAUGAGACCAAUUAAUAGUUGAUUCAUGGAUUAGGAUGAACAAGACAGUCCGCUGCUUCUGUCAGCUGAAGCACAUCUGUUGUUCUGAUUCUCUUUCCCGUAGCCUCUUGUUACUUGAACUCUGGAUUUCUAUUACCCCUUGCCAUAGGGGACUUGCCAACGUGAUUAGUAUCUUUUUCAAGUACUGUAUAAUUGUGAACUCACUGGCUUAGAUUAUCUUGAGAAAUGCGAGUACUUCCCUUGGUUAGUGCCAGGAAGCUAAGUGCACAAGUGGUGUGAAUGCAGAAACCCUGAACUUCCUCAUGGAGGGUUACUGGGACUGACUGACCACACAUUGGACUCGACAUAGGGUCCACAACAGGUUCAACAACUCCAUGCACCAAUGGCUUUUAGAGGCAAGCUUCAAUUAGCCUUAGACUUUUUAAUUAAAAUAACAAACAAUGGAAAAUUAUUUAAUGCAAUGGAUGUGAUUUUAAAUUUGUUGAUUUUUAAUAUUUUGAACAAUAUUGAAUGUUGAGACAUUUGUAAACGAUGACAUUCUUUGCCAGCUGAUACAGUCCCAGCAGAUGGUUAUGAAGACACGAUUGUGGAUGAGAUUUGAUUUUCCUUGCCUUGUGAUGCCUGAGCUUUGCUGGGUUGUUGGAUCUGACUUGACGGGCAGAGUUGUUGCUUCAAGAUCCAGGCAGUGCAUACUUGCUGUGGGAGCUGUGCUACCUCUGGGAAAUCUGGGAAUGAUUUGUUAAAGUGGAGGCAGAUGCAGGCUCAAUUCAGAGUGAUGUGUAUAAAACUUGGCUCAUAUUUAAAUUGAACUCGUUCUCAGUCAUUGUUUUUUUCAGUUGUAAUUAUGGAGGGUGACUGCCUGUCUUGUUCUUCAGGAAGGUACCACCUAAUCCUCUAGUUUAUCUGCAGAGGCAGUUUCCUGGCUGAUAUAAUCUAUUAUCAGUGUUGGAUGCUGGGUUUGCUGAAAUAGCUCUGAAAACAGACAUAGUAGAACAGGAAGAGGCUACUUAGACCCUCCCUCCAUCAUCCAGAAGAUCGAUCUUGUCCUGUAACUUACACCCGUCGCGUUGUGGUUACAAGUGACCCGGGUUUAAUUCCUACUGCUGUCUGUAAGGAGUUUGUUCAUUCGCCCCAUGACCACGUGGGUUUCCACUGGGUGCUCCAGUUUACUCCCACGGUACAGACAUACUGGUUAGUAGGUUAAUUUGUCAUUGUAGGUUGCCCGGUAAUUAGGCUGGGGUUAAAUCAGGGGUUGCUGGGCAGUGCAUGUUGAAGGGCCUGCUCCGUGCUGUGUAUCAAUCAAUAAAUAAAUUCUCAUUACCUCUCAA